GGUUGUCAACGGCCGACAGCGUUUAAAUAACACCUGAAAGACUAAAACCAACGAAGCAUUUCAAAUUAUUCAUAUUCAAUAACAUAACACAGUAAAUAUUACAUAAUGCCAGAUUGGACAUUCUUCCCAGUUCGAAGUAUAUCAACCAUGGAUUCACGACAGUUAAUGUAGGCAUCUCAAUGGCGUUUACAUCGUGUCUUGCACGACUUCGGACGGCAGAACCUGUCGUGUUUCUCUAUGCCUUUGGUAUGCUCAUUCAUUCACCGCUAAUUCAGCAAUACGUGUAUGACAGAGUUAGCGAGGAUAAAGGUUAUGAAAACAACGUAGACUCAAGAACGCAAUGUGCUAACGAUUCCGAUGUACAUGAUGAGGUGGAGUCAAAGACAUCAUUCUACAUGUUUGGAUUAAUCUUUUCCUCGGGAGUUCCGUCUCUUAUAACAGGGCUGUUGAUUGGUUCCUGGUCGGACAAAGUUGGUCGAAAGCCUGCGAUUAUUCUCCCGUGUUUUGGAGCCACGAUUGACAUGUCUCUCACGUUGAUUGUAAUAUACUUUGAUCUCCCGUUAUAUGUACUGUUUGCAGGCUCGUUUCUCAACGGCAUGACGGGAUACUUUCCUGCGAUAAUCCUGGCGACCAUGGCCUUCAUCGCGGAUACGACUCCGGAGUCCAUGCGCGCCGCAAGGCUCGGAAUUUUAGAGUUUUUCGUGUUUAUCGGGGGUACCAUUGGUCAGGCGGUCAGUGGGAAAAUCAUCGAAUCUGAAGGAGGUUAUAAGGUUCCAUAUUGGAUCGUAUGUAGUUGCAUGAUUGGAGCCACUCUUUACGCUAUAUUCCUAAUGCCUGAGACAUUACCAAAAGCAAACAGAGACAAGUCAGCCAAGUUUUUUGACAAGAAACAUUUUAAUGCAGUCAUGGAUGUAGUUCGAAAUCAGCCUGAGAGAAAAGGGAACUUACGUUGGCUUAUCGCUCUGAAUUAUUUCCUGCAUAUUAGUUAUUUUGGUUCAUAUACAGUUACGAUUUUGUUCCUGCUCGACAAACCGUUAUGUUGGUCUCCCCUUGACAUAGGUCUGUACAGUGCAGAGCGCUUCUUUUGUCUCGGUAUCGGGGCUGUGAUUGGUGUGAAGUUUCUUUCAAAAUGUUUCAAAACAAUGAAUAUAAUUUAUUUUGGAUUAUUAACGUACAUCACCUCGCUUAUCUUGUUCGCAUUUGCAGACACUGCAGCUUUGGUAUGUUCAGUUCCUGUGGUAGGUAUGUUUAUUGGAGCCGUGAUUGCGUUCUUCAGAAGUAUGAUGUCACAGCAAGCAUCACGUGAGGAACAAGGUUCGUUAUUUGCAGCCAUUGGAUUUGUCGACGUGUUAGCGACAGUCACCGCAUCUGCGAUAUUUAAUCUUCUGUAUCCACUUUCAUUGAAAUUCGACUUUAAUGGCACCUCGUUCCUGGUUGCUGCUUUGCUUGGUCUGGUUGUCUUGUAUUUCACGACUCGACUCUCUGGCAGUUUAGCAGCCACCUCUGCAAAUGUGAUCGAUGAAUCUUUGGAAAAACCAGUGGACGAAGAAACACCGCUCUUAAUAUCGGACACGCAUUCCACAUAUUCUGAAACCAAAACGUGAUCUCCUUUUAAAAUAACUUACAAAUAUAUUUAAACAAAUUUGCAUUCUUGAAUUGCGCUGUAAACACUAAACAUAGUUCGACCAGCAAGUUAACUCGUUCACUUCGUUAAUUUACAUCUCGUUCUGCGGCAACUUGUAGAACUUAAUUGUAAGUAGCUAAAUGGUGCACCAUUAUCGGCGGGACCAUCAAUAGCAUUAUCGUAUGUACGAUUUAGGGCCUGUUUACAUGGAGCGCUUUUUCUAGCCUAGCCUGAAUAACUCGCUCUAUGUUAACAGACCCUAACUUAGAAGUAUUGACUCAAAGACAAUGUAGAUUAAAAAAUUGUAUUUUUAUACAGCAUUGGCCUAACUUUAUGUACACUUCAUGUAUGAAAUUUCAAGUCCGUCG